AUGGUCGGCGUGCCUAAAAGCAAAGGAUGCCAGACAUGCAUCCAACGGCGAGUGAGGUGCGAUCUCUCGCGACCAACAUGCUCCCAGUGCAAGCGAUACGGCACCGACUGCCCCGGAUACAUCAAGUCGCACAAGUUCAUGGACGAAGGACCGCAGCUUCGAACCCGGUUCGCCAACCCGGGAAAGCCAUCAGAGUCAAUCGAUGAGUGUCGUGUCCCCUCGCUCGUCACCCGCUCAAUGGGCAAGCAACAGCCCGUCAUCUUCGGCGACUUUGUCAUGGCCGCCUUCACUCGUUGGUUCGGACUGAACAAAUACCGAGUCCACGUACCCUGGACCGGAUACAUCGCCCAACACGGUGGGACAAGUCCUGCCUUCGACGCAGCAGUGUACAGCAUGAAUCUGGUAUUCAUGGGCCACAGACACAACGAUACUAAGCUUCAGCAGUCCAGUCGGGAAAUGUACAGCAAAGCGCUGCGAUUAUUUGGUGAUACGAUUCGAGACGAGGCGGGCAUGAAAUCCCGCGACAGCGUCAGCAUCACAAUCGUGCUCAGUUUGUUCGAGGCGUAUUCGCGCACGAACCCAGACUCUUGGGCUCGUCAUGCUUCCGGCACGGCGGUGCUGAUGGCUCAUCGGGGUCCUGGUGCGCAUUUGACAGGCUUUGAUCGCUGUCUGUAUCUUUCUUUCAGGAGCUUCGUGGUCGCGGAGGCUUUUGUCAAUGAUAAGAAGUGCAUUUUCGAGCUACCCGAGUGGCAGGCUCACAUUCAUCAGGUCCGCAGUGAGGAUAUGGCGGAUCCCAGAGUGGACGGUCCUAUUGCGCUGUUUAUUGAUCUGCAGGAUCGCAUUUUUAUAGAGGUCGUCAAAAUCCCCGGAAUGCUCUUUCGGUCUCGUCGGUUACAGCGAGAGUCCGAGCCUGAAGUGGCUGCAAAGCAGGUUUUGGACCAGGCGCUGCAAUGUAGCCAGACGAUCAGCACUCUUUCCGCACGUCUUCGUCUUGCCGCUGCGGUGCAAAAGUACAAUUGGUGCAGAUCGGACAAGCAAGUCGACUCCACCGACAAGGCGAGGUUCAUCGGGCCAAUUCCCUCAAAGUUUCCCCAGCAAUUUGCGAACAGUGUGCUUCAUGGAUGUGAUGUCUGUCUGUACCUUCUUGGUCUUCUGCAGGACUACCUCCAAGGGUUCCAGGUCGGCAGUAGCACUGCCGAUGAUACUCAGACGGCCCAAACAGAUCCUCUCCCAUUUCGAAUUGCGUCUAAGCUUCGCAGCAGCUCAGGCAACGCGAUGCCAUCAGAUGCAGGCACCUCGUGCACAGACUUGCCAUCUCCAGAUAAAUGGCUCGAUCUCGUUGCAGCAACUAUGGGAUUGGAGGCAUUCGACAUCAUCACAUAUCCUAGCAGAAAUCUAUAG